CAUCCUAAAACACUUAAAAACGAAGGAAAUUUUCCUUCCACAUUUUUCGACCUAAAGCCCGCUUUUUAGCUUUUGUGUAAAAUAGAUCUUUAUGACCAAAUUUUCUCAUUCUUGGAACCCUAAAGUCAAUUUUGUAGAGUUAUUUUCUUCUGCCUAAACAUUCUCAAUCCAUCCAACGUGAUUUUUAGGGUCAAGAAAUUGUCUCUACUAAAUAAUCUUCCGGAUAUCUUUCUUGGUUCCCUCAUUCAGUUUGAAACAUUCAACCACAGAAAUUUUGCUUUGAUACGCCAAUUUCUUGGAGUACUGGUGUCUGCAAGUCAAGAUGUCAUCCAUGCCAAUUGAAAGUGCCUUCCGAUUGCCUAAUUCUUUACCUGCAUGGCCAACAGGCGAUGGUUUCGGGAAAGGGAUAAUUGAUCUUGGAGGGUUGUUAGUGUCAGAAGUAUCAACCUUUAGUAAAGUCUUUGAGACCAAAGAAGGUGGACCUUCGGGCAAUGGCGCCACAUUUUUUGAGCCAUCCAUCAUUCCAGAUGGUUUUUCCUUGCUUGGAUACUAUGCACAACCCAAUAACAUGCCCCUUUUUGGGUCAGUUCUAGUGGCAAAAGACACAAGCCCUGAUGGUAGCUCUGCUGGAGCCCUGAAGGCGCCACUUGACUACACCCAACUAUUGAACAUUAAGAAGGACAACACAACCGCUUACUUCUGGUUGCCUGUGGCUCCUAGCGGGUAUAAAGCGGUUGGUAAUGUUAUCACAAUCGACUCUCAGAAGCCUGCGUUGGACAAAAUCGGUUGUGUCCGUGAUGAUUUCACAGACAUUGCUGAAAACGAUGAAUGGAUUUGGGGCUCGAAAGGAUUGAAUGUGUACUCAACAAGACCGAAAGUUAGAGGAAUCCAAGCCUUGGGCUUAAGCACAGGCACGUUUAUGGCCCAACUGUCCAGUGGAGGUACAGAGUUGUCAUCAUCUGUACUAUCUUGUUUGAAGAAUGUCAACAAGCUCAACAAAUCUGGAAUGCCUAAUCUAGACCAAAUAAAAGAACUCAUCAAGGUCUACUCCCCGUUCAUUUACUUUGACUCCAAAGAGGAAUACUUCCCUUCUUCCGUCACUUGGUUCUUCAAGAAUGGUGCAUUGCUCUACACCAGAGGAAAGGAAUCUUCACCAGUUGCUGUCGAACCAACCGGUGCAAACCUACCCCAAGGCAGUUCCAACAACGAUUCAUACUGGCUCGACCUUCCAACCAGUGAAGCAGAAAAGGAAAGAGUGAAGAAAGGAAACCUCCAAGAUUUCACUAGUUACAUCCACGUGAAACCGAUGUUUGGUUCAACGUAUACUGAUUUAGUUUUCUGGGUCUUUUACCCCUUCAAUGGACCUGCUCGUGCCAAAGUCGAAUUCGUCACAGUUAAUCUCGGAACUCUAGGACAGCACAUUGGAGAUUGGGAACAUGUGACACUCAGGAUCAGCAACUUUACUGGUGAGCUAAAAAAGGUGUACUUCUCACAACACAAUACAGGAACAUGGAUCAAAGGCUCUCAAGUUGAAUUCCAGGAUGGGAACAAGCCUAUCACUUAUUCAUCGUUUAACGGGCACGCGGCUUAUCCUAAAGCUGGAGAUGUUUUACAAGGAACAAAGAACAUAGGACUAAGGAACGAUACAGACAAAGGGAAAAUCUUUGUUGACACCGGAGCUAGUUUUUCUAUAGUUUCGGCAGAGUACUUAGGUACUAAUGAUGUUGUGGAGCCAGCGUGGUUGAACUAUACUGGAAAAUGGGGCCCGAAAAUAAAAAACAAUGUGGGGACAGAGCUUAGCAAGGUGGAGAACGCUCUGCCCGGAAAACUAAAAGCUGCAAUGGAUAAAGUUGUCGGAAUCCUUCCUGCUGAGGCUUUGGGUGAAGAUGGACCAAUUGGUCCCAAGAGGAAAGAAAUUUGGACUGGAGAUGAAAGGAGCUAAGCAUACAUAGUUCGUUUGUGGUUUUAUUGUUGGCUUUGAACUAUAAUAAAACCUACAAUAAAUGCGUAGUACACAUAUGCAACUGAAACUUAUAAUUCAGACGAUACAUAUCUAUCGCAUAUAUGUAUGAAUGUAAUAUAUAAUAUAAAUACAAAGUAAAAAUUAAAUAAAUC